AGGGGGGGUGGGGCCUCAACACAAGACUGGCACAUAAGAAGGAAGGGAGAGAUAUAGAGGGAAGGAAGGAGAGAGAGAGUGUGAUAGAUAGAGGGGGGUAGAAUGACAGUUGAAAGAGUGUGUGUGUGUGAGAGGGCGAGAGAGAGAGUGAAGGAGAUCGCGAGCAAGCGGAGAGAGAGCUGAGAGCAAGAAAGUCCCUUCUGUCUCUGUCUCUGGUAGGGAGAGAUAGAGAGAAAACAAGGGAGAAACAGAGAGCGUGAAGGAGGAAGAGAGAGAAGAGAGAGAGCAUUUAGAUCUUUCUCUCUGUCUCUGCUGAAGCACAGGAGUCUAUGCCCGAGCUGGAUCCUGCAUAACUCCUUGUCCUCCUCUUCCUCUUGUUGUCUGCGCUGUCUUUAAAACGGAGGGAACCCUCGGACUCAGAGCUCAUCCGUUGCCGUGGCAAUGGGCUGUCGGCUCUCAGGGCCGUGGUUCGGCGAUGGAAUGGGGGUCAGUGGGCGGGAGCUGAGUCACCUGACUAAACGGGAUCUUUCUCACCUGAGCAAACGGGAUGCUCUUAGAAUCCUGGCUGCCUAUGAGCACCCAAUCACGCUGCAGAUCAAGGGCCGGCGUGGGAGGGGUUAUGGCUUACAGGACUGCAGCACGCAGACGGAAAGAGACUGGGAGCCGCUCCCCCUGGCCUCCCACCUGGCCCUACACAGUCUGGGGGUCACAGCAGCCGGGACCAUGCCCAGGUUCAACCCGGACGGACACUACUGCAGCCACAUGAGUCUGCCUCGUGAUCACCGUGACAACGGGAGAUAUGAGUACCUGCCCAACGCUCCACCAGACCUAGAGGACAUGGAUCCACUGUACUACCAGGACCCGGAGCUGGACCGUCGUGUUCCAAGAGAUCAGAGCUGUUUGAUUGGCUGCUGCAACACCAACCUUGAGGAGCCCAGCAGUUUCCACAGCCAGACUGAGGAUGAGGACUAUAUGUUGGAGAAACCUCUGGGCUACCUACCUCUCCAUCAUGAGCUGGACAGUGGCCUGGGCUGGACCGACGGUAGCCUGCAACAGGGAGACCUCUCUGGCCUGGAGACUGAGGAGGGGGGUCUGGAGGAGUGUCACCCCAGGGGAGGAAGCUCCGGUGGGGGCCUGCUGGUCAGCGGAGGAGGGGGUGGAGCUGGUGGGUCUCCGUCCUCUGAAUCCUUCAUCUCGUCUGAGCUGAGUGACUCUGGCUUCUACAGCGUGAGCACUGGAGAGUUCCGGCGUUUCCAGAGGCUGUUAGAGAAACGCAUGCGCCUGUACAACGCUCGUCUGCACCACCAAGGGGAGGUGUGUGCACGGGAGCGCCGCGACAGCUGGCAGAAGAACCACAGAGAGCUGCUGGAGGCCAUCCCUGAGGCACUGACCAUGCAGCCCCAGCAUUCCUGCCUCACGCCUGGCCUGACUGCUCCAUCCAUGGGCCCUCCACCCCACGGACUCUUCAGGGUGUCGUCUGUCCAAUUCCGGAAGGCGGAUCGUCCCUGUCUGAGCAAACACAGCUCCAGCAGUGGCUCCCUCUUCAACCCCCAGCACACCGCUGGCCCCCUCUCUGUCCACGCCCCUGUCCUCUCCUCCUGCAGUACCCCCUCCGGUCACCACAGGCUUCCGCUGCAGCACCAGGGCUCCAGCUCGGAGGGUCAGCUGAGGAGAAGCAGGACCCUGCACCACCGGGCUCCACCCCAGGAGCGUGUCCGACGGGCCAGUCACCCGUCCUCCCCCUCUUACGCCACCCUGCAGCACUGUGGAGUAGCUCCACUUAGAGGCCUGGAGCUGGGCCUGCCUGAAGAGGGAGAACCAGAACUAGUGCUCACACACCCAGCAGGAUUUGCCCUCUCACCUCAGCACCAUGCAACCUCUCCGGGGGAACACAGAGGGGCCAUGCCCUUACCCAGGGAACAUUACUGGGACAGUAGUGGAGGUCGUGACCAGCUGGUUAAUGACAGGAGGCAGCAGGAGAAGAGCUUCAUGACAGACCUACCAGUGUGGGAGAGGGAGCGAGAGAGAGAAAGAGAGAGGGAGCGAGAAAGAGAGCAAGAAAGAGAACGAGAAAGAGAGCAAGAAAGAGAACGAGAAAGAGAUCGAGAAAGAGAAAGAGAGCGGGAAAGAGAAAGACAAAGAGAGAGAGGAAGAGAGGUGCACCGCUUCCACACCCUCAGCCACCCACCCCAGACAUCCAUGGACAUCCAUGAGACAUGGCCUAAACCAGCCAACCGUCUGUCCCGCCAGGGGUCCGGGGGUGGUGGGGGCCUCUACAGCACCCUGGAGAGCCACACUGGGUUCGGGUCUGGGGUCGUUGGAGUGUCUAGGCUGGGCUCCAAUCCUAAUCCUAAGCCCAACCCUGACACUACCCCCAACACCAACCCCAACCUUCCUAACCCUAACACUAAUGCAAGGGCUGUGAGGAACCAGUUUCUUCGUGACCGGGCAUCGCGGCUAGCGGACGAGCGCAGCGGGAUGAGUACAGAUGAGGAGAGCCAGGAGGUGAUGAGGGGGAAGUACUGGAGCCGCACUGAGAGACGGGAGCACCUCCUACUGGCCCGCGAGCAGAAACAGCAGCAACAACAACAACAGCAGGCCAGAGGGCAGCAGACUUACACAAGGCCAGGAGCCAAUGGAGGAUCAGGAUCUAUGAGAGAUGCAGGGGUCAACACAAGAGGAGGAGCUAUGGGUGGACAGGGGGGAGGAGUUAUCCGAGAAGGAGAGGCUAUGUCUGGAGGGGGAGGGUCUUUGGGAGACGGCCGGUGCAGCACGGUGCUGGAGCUCAGCCAAAAGAAGUUGAGUCGUCUGAGGAACAGGAAGCUGUUAGAUGAUUGGACGACGGUGGAGGAGCUGCUGACUCAUGGGACGAGGCUGGGCACCGGGGAGGAGAUGUCCCUCUGUUCCAGCUCACUACUGACUGUCACUACUGUAUAGAGUGUGUCUGUGCGUGUAUGUCUGUGUGGUUUUCCACCAUAAAGCACCAUGGAAAAUACAUUUGUUUGAGAGUAAGUGUAUGCGUGUGAGUAUAUAAGUAUAUGUCACCACUGUACAGCAUCGCUGACAAAGUGUGUGUAUGUGUCAGACCUUCGUACUGACUACUGUAACACACUGCAAGUGUAUAUCUAUUACAAUCUGUGUGUCUGUGUGAGAGAGGAUCGGUCUGUGUGUGUGUCUGCACCAUGUCUGGCUACCUCAUGCUCAUGGGGUUUGUGAAACAAUUUGAAACACAAUACAAUAUCAUGUCAUUUUGUUGAUUUUA